AUGGGGAUGUCCGAGAGAGGAAGCAGAUGGGCACUGAUCACCCUGUCCUACACCCAGCACUUCACCAGCAGACGCGACUCGUGGUGCUUCUGUGAGGAAGCUGGUCCAGCUUGCAGAUUCAUCUUCCCUGGGAGAUUAACGACUAAUCUCUCCUUCAUCCGCCGUCUUUCUUAUCUGUAUCGGGAGCCAGACUGGAAAUUACUGAGUCCUGCUGGCCCCGGGGUCCAGCUCUGGAUUGGCGGCCGACGCCGAGCUCCCAGUCCUUCUUUCCCUCCCACCGGCCACGGUGGCACAGCCCGGCAGAGGAUUCCCAUCCAGAACCGGUGGGAAGAUGCCCGGCAGUGGCCGGGGCGCAGCGGGAGCCACAAGCCCAGAACGACGUCGGCCGGGCCGGCAGCCGCUCUGCCUGGACAUGAGGACCGAGCGCCCAGCACGGGGCUGAGCGCCCGCCCCGGCGCCGCCAUGGUGCUGCCCUGCGCCCGCAGCAGCGGCGGCGCCGGCGGCUGGCUGCCCCCCGAGGAGCCCCGCGGCCGCAGCAACUCCAUCCCCCCGGCACAGACCCCCACGGCCAAGCACAUGCUGGCCUACCUGCCCCGGCCGCCCACCGACACCAGCCGCUACGGCACCUUCCCCCAGAAGCCCGACCUCCCGGCCGCCCCCGGGGCUCUGGUGGAGGACGGCGGGAAGCAGGCCGCCGCCACCAGUGCCAAGAGAGGCACUCCGAUGCCAAACUACCCAUCUGCGCCCCGGCACAGUGGCUUUGUCCCCGGUGAGCCAUCCCUGCCGCCGAGCCGCGGGAGCCUGACCACCCAGCACCACCGUGGCCGGCCGUCCUGGUGCCCACCGCCUGCCCCGCAAGAGCCAGGCGCCCGCUUGUACCCACUGCACGCGCUGAGCGUGGCCAACAUCCCCAACUCGUCACGCAGCAAGACCUCCGCCCGCAGCUCCACCAUUCCCACCCCAGAGGGGCUGCAGAGCCGGCGCUGCAAGCUCCUGGAGGAGGACAGCCCCACGGUCCAGGCCGGCAAGCGGCAGCGGCAGCGCUAUGUGACAAAAGUGGGCAAGUGCCAGGUGAAUCUGGGCAACAUCCAGGACAAGAAGAGGUUCCUCUCAGAUAUCUUCACCACCAUUGUAGACCUCAAGUACCGGUGGUUCCUCUUUGUCUUCAUGAUGUGCUACAUCAUCACCUGGGUGGUCUUUGGCUUCAUCUACUUCUUGGACGCCUGGGUGCGGGGUGACAUUGGGCACCAGGGUGAUCCCGAGUGGGAGGCGUGCAUCGAGAACGUGGAUGGCUUCGUCUCUGCCUUGCUCCUCUCAGUGGAAAGCCAGCGGACCAUUGGCUAUGGCACUCGGAUGGUGACAGCCAACUGUGCCGAGGGCGUCAUCCUCUUGAUAGCACAGUCCAUCGUCGGUUCCAUGAUCGAUGCCAUGAUGGUUGGCUGCAUGUUCGUGAAGAUCUCCCGGCCCAAGAAGCGUGCCCAGACCCUCAUCUUCAGCAAGAACUGCGUCAUCUCCCGCCGGGACGAGAAGCUCUGCCUGAUGUUUCGUGUGGGGGACCUGCGGGAAAGCCACAUGGUGGAUGCCAAGAUCCGGGCAAAGCUGAUCAAAUCCCGUCAGACGGCCGAGGGGGAGUUCAUCCCCCUGGAGCAGUCAGAACUGAACCUGGGCUAUGACACAGGGGAGGACCGUCUAUUCCUGGUGGAGCCCCAGAUCAUCUGCCACGUCAUCAACCAUCACAGCCCUUUCUGGGACAUGUCAGCCGAGUCACUGCGCCGGGAGCAGUUUGAAAUCAUCAUCAUCCUCGAGGGCAUCGUGGAAGCCACAGGAAUGACGUGCCAAGCCCGCACCUCCUACACGGAGGACGAGAUCCUCUGGGGAUACCGCUUCGAGCCCUGCAUGUCCCUGGAGAAAGGCGCCUUCCAGGUGGACUACAGCCGCUUUGAGAUGACCUUUGAGGUGCAGACACCAGCAGCCAGCGCCAAGGAGCUGCACGAGCUGAAGGAGCUGGAGCAGCAGGAACACUCCACACUCAGCCUCUACUGGGACCACCUCCUGCAGCCCUGCGCGCUGCCGGGACCCAGCGAGGACGCGCUGGUGGGGAUGAGUGUCCCUGGCAGCGUGGCUGAGGGCAUCCGGGAUGAGCCACCAGAGCGAGAAUUCCCUGCCUGA